GGAACAGGGAGAGGCGACAAUUUCUUUUAAAUCCUCCCAGUGUGUGAUGGAGUCCACUGGAACCGUCUAUUCAGUUUUCUGUAUCUGUGCCGUUAUUGACAUCGUUGCUCGAUGAUAUUUGUUUGAUAUCUGCAACUGAAUAACCCUGUACCUGAUACGACCUCUCACCAUGGCACAAGUACCUCUUUUCGGACGGUUGUUCUGGUUCGAGUACUUUGCUCUCUUCACGUCUCUUCUUUUGGUUCUACUGGAAUCUAUCAUUCAUGUUAUCACUUUUUGUCUGCCGGAGCCGGUGAUCAAUUUCUGCUACGAUCGGUCCAAAACCCUUUUCAACCUACUUUUACCACAAGAGGAACCAGUCAAGCGUGAUGCAAAGGAGUCCUUUGCCGUGGAAAUCGCUCAAACAUCAGACUUUGCGGACAUAUGCGCCCUCUUCGGCUACGAAGCCGAAGAGCAUAUUGUUCAGACUGGCGAUGGUUACCUUCUAGGUCUCCACCGUUUGCCCUAUCGAAAAGGGGAAGAAGGGUCGCGAGUUAACCAGGGUGAAAACAGUACCAGGAAGCCGGUUGUCUAUCUCCACCAUGGUCUCAUGAUGUGUAGUGAGGUUUGGGUUUGCCUGUCAGAGGAGCAACGCUGUCUACCCUUUCAACUUGUGGAAAGAGGUUACGAUGUGUGGCUUGGUAACAACCGGGGCAACAAGUACUCGAAGAAAUCCGUCAGGCACUCUCCAUCAAGCAAUGAAUUCUGGGACUUUUCGAUCGAUCAGUUCGCCUUUCACGAUAUCCCAGACAGUAUUGAAUACAUCCUUGAGGUCACAGAGCAGCCUUCGCUGUCAUAUAUCGGAUUCUCACAGGGAACAGCCCAAGCAUUUGCAACCCUCGCAAUCCACCCUUUGCUGAACCAAAAGGUCGAUGUAUUCGUGGCGCUUGCGCCAGCGAUGGCUCCUUCGGGAUUGCCCAACCGCAUUGUGGACUCCCUGAUGAAAGCGUCGCCUAACUUUCUGUUUCUGCUUUUUGGCCGGCGAAGCAUCCUCAGUUCAACGACCAUGUGGCAGACUAUUCUGUACCCACCGAUCUUCGUCCGGAUCAUUGACUCAUCACUGUCUUUGCUCUUCAACUGGCAGUGCAAGAGGAUUAGCCGGCUUCAGAAGCUUGCAGGAUAUCUCCACCUCUUUUCAUUUACUAGCACGAAAUCGGUGGUUCAUUGGUUCCAGGUCAUCCGCAACAAAAAUUUCCAAUUCUACGACGACGAGAUCCAUGCUCCGCUCAACGCUGCGGCCAGCGAACGAUUCUACAAGCCGGUCAAGUACCCCACAAAAAACAUCAAGACCCCCAUCGUCCUGCUCUAUGGUGGAAGCGACAGUCUUAUCGACAUUGAUGUGAUGUUGCGAGGACUGCCGCGUAAUAUCGUUGCCAAACAGAUUGCCGAGUACGAGCAUCUCGACUUCUUGUGGGCAACGGAUGUGGAUGACAAAGUUUUCGGCCAUGUUUUUGAGGCACUCGAGUGUUACAGCGGCAAAGCGCCAGUGUCAUUGAGCUUCAAGGAAAACAUGGCAGAUGAGACAAAUGGCGAUAGAGAGCAAUCUACUACCGAUUCAAGACUGCUGGGCGGCAAACCACUUGCAAACACUGCGUCUGGACGCAGGACUCAUCUUGCCUCUGGAAAGGUUGGUCCAUAAGAGCAAGAUGCAAGUGAUAUUUUGCGUGAGCGUAAGCGCCUGUUUUUUUUUUUUUUUCCCUGACUUCUAUGUGAGAUUUAUGUAUGCCCUAAACUCGGCAUGUACUAUAGAUAGUUAUUGAUUUUUGAUAAUACUUCAUGUACUUGUUUCUUCUGCGUUGGUUACUCUAUAUCGAACCCGACAAUCAUGUUUGAUAGAACCACUCUUGAGACGUGUCGUUUAUUCA